UCAUUUGCAUUUCCUCCAUCCAGUUUCACUUCCAUGGAAAGAGGGAGAGAGCUUUCUCUUAUCUUCCUCUUUCUCCCUCACAUCCUCUCUUUUCUUUUUCUUUUUCUCCUUUUCCUCCAUUUUCUUUCUUAGUUUCAUGAUGGAUAUGAGGAAGCUGUGUCCAAAUUUAGACAAGCAAGAUGGGCUCGACACCGUUUUGGAGGUGCCUGUUCCAGAAGAGAUGUUCUCAAACAUGGGCAACAAUAAAUCUUCGAGAUGGGCGAACAUGCGUGCAUUAAUGAUGAGAGCUAAAUCUGCAGAUAAAUCAUCCCAUCUUCAAGCUAAAUCUGAUAAUGAGUUUAUUGCAUUGCUCAAGCUUGUCGGAUCUCCUCUCAUCCCUUUUCAAGUCCACCCAGAUCAGCCUGUCACUCGAUCUAUCACAGAUUGUUCCAUUGAAGCUUCAACUGCGAAAUAUAUAGUGCAACAAUACGUUGCAGCAAUAGGGGGACCAAUGGUGCUGAACUCAGUGACGAGCAUGUAUGCAGUAGGGCAGGUUAAGAUGGCUGGGUCUGAGAUGCAACAGGGUGAUGGUAGCGUGCAGACAGGAGGCAAAUCUGAGGUUGGUGGGUUCGUGGUUUGGCAAAAAAAUCCAGACCUUUGGUGCUUAGAACUAGUUGUUGCAGGUUACAAGGUUAAUGCAGGUAGUGAUGGUAAACUUGCCUGGAACCAGUCCUCUUGUCAAACUUGUCAUUCAAAUAAAGGCCCGCCACGACCCUUGAGACGUUUCUUCCAGGGGUUGGAUCCCAGGUGCACGGCCAACUUGUUCUUGGAAGCAGUAUGCAUAGGAGAGAAUAUGGCGAAUAAUGAAGACUGUUUUGUGCUGAAGCUGGAGACUGAUGUAAACAUCCUGAAAACUCAAGCUUCUUCCAACACAGAAAUCCUUCACCAUACAAUGUGGGGCUACUUCAGCCAACGUACAGGAUUGCUCGUGAAGUUUGAGGAUACAAAGCUGGUGAAAAUGAACCCUGCCAGAGGAAAUGAUACUGUCUUCUGGGAGACAAGUAUCGAGUCAUUGGUUGAAGAUUAUAGAUAUAUUGAAGGCAUGAACAUAGCACACAGUGGAAAAACAACUGCAACGUUGUACAGAUAUGGAGAGUCGCGUAACCACAAGAGGAAGAUUGAAGAAACAUGGAGAAUUGAAGAAGUUGGUUUCAAUAUUUGUGGGUUGUCAAUGGAUUGCUUUCUACCUCCUGCUGAUCUAAUGAGAGAGCAAGAUGGUGGAGAAGAAUAAAACCGAGCCAUUUCUGUUUUUUUUC